AUGGAAAAUUACUUGCUAAGUUCACCCACCCAAUUGGCACAACCGUUUGAUGAUUCGACUAUUUCAAUCGAUUUGUACGAUCAAACAACUCAACAAUUCCCCCAAAACCAUUUAUUAUCGCUAAGUCUACAACAAAACCAGUCUGCACAAAGUGGUAACCAAUUGCAGCAGCAACAGCAAGCGCUAUCGCAGCAAACCCAAAUGCAAUUACAGCAACCACAUCAAGUUAGUCAAUCUCAGCCAGAGGAUCAGCACCAACUACAAAAGUCGCUACAGUCCAAACAGCAACAACAUCAACAACAUCUGCAGCAACAGCAACAGCAACAGCAACUAUCACAGGGUCUAGAUUUCCAUUCCAAGUCUGAGUACGUAGACGAUGGCUCCAUGUUUGACGAUGAGGUUGUGCCGAUUUCGACAAAUUUACCGGAGAACAAGUUUUACAUCACAGAUGACUCGGGUUUGGGUAUCAACAUAGUAGACGCCGAUAAUCUUAGCUUCAAUCAUUCAAGAAAUGUGUCAUUGGACGAAGCUGCUGGUGGCCGUAAUCAAGGUUUCCAGCAUUACCAUAACAAUUCCGUUGUGUCGGUUAAUCAGGACCCACCAAGUCAAAAUUCGGCAUUGCCUGAGUCCAUCUCAUCAAACACUAUUUAUUCAUUGGAUUCAAUUCCUUCAUUUGAGUCCCCCUUGCAUCAGCAGUUGCCACAGCAAAUUGCUUAUCAACAAUUCUCCACCCAGCAACCUUAUUUUCAGCAACAACAACAACAACAGCAACAGCAACAACAACAACAACAACAACAACAACAACAACAGCAACAGCAACAACAACAGCAGCAACAACAGUUUUAUCAACAACAACAACAUGUCCAACAAUUUCAACACCAACAGCAUUUCACUUCUACUCCUCGAAGGGCAGGAAGAAACAAGUCCAUGUCGGUAUCCUCUUACACCACGCCCUUGAGAAACUGCGCACAAUCAUUUUCACCAGUGAAUUUGGCAGCUACUGCAUUCAACAAGGUCACCAAGACCCCGGCAAAUAAAAUUAAGGGCCAUUCACGAUCCCGAUCGAGAGUAUCCUUGGAUGCUACUGCAGCGGUGCUUGCUUCCAAGACAAAUUCGGCAUCGUCGUACAACUCAGCCUUGAACCCGUUCUAUACACCGUCACAAGGGAUGAACUCAUUGGAUGAUGAGGAAAAUUAUAGUGGGAAUAACUUGUCGGCUACUCCAUUGCUAACUCCCGGCUCGCAGAAACUAAAGUCUUCUCAAUCAACUUUUUUCAGUCCUUUCAAGAGUGAAGUUUUCGAUAAUCAGCACUUGGAAGAUCAGGAGAAUGAUGCAUUGAAGCAAUUAAAAAAGGCUAAAUCGUAUUCGAGUUUGAUGAAGAAAAACAAGAAGGACCAUGAUCUAUUGACUCAAAUGAGUAAACGCCCCCAACCAAAGAGCAGCUCAAGUUCGACAUUGCUAUUGCCCAAUGCCAUGCUUCCGAUGCCAAAGUCAAAAAUUGGGCAAACACAAUAUGAGCAAGAUCAAGAUGACAUGGAAGACGACCAAGCUCCUAAAAUUGAUUUGUUGCUGGCUGAGUUUGAUAAUAAUUCUGGGUCUUAUCCGCAGUUGGAUAAAAACAUUACUCAAAACUUGAAUCAAUCAGUAUCACCUUACAACCAACAUAAGAGGCUUAGCCCUCAAGGUGGACAUCCUUCGGCAUCGAUCAACUUGAGCAAGAAUUUGGCAGAAGAGUCCGAUCAAGAGGGACAUAGCCAACAUGCAAGUAGUCAUGUGUCCUCAUCGUCUACUCCAGCUUUGCUACCACCCAUGGCUGCAUUUCCAGUAAACGAUUCUCAAAAGAAGAAAUUUGAUGAUGCAACCACAAAGCCGGUCACAAGGAGAUCCACAAGAUCAAAAGCCAAAUCACAGACCAAUCAAGAGGACAAUCCUAAGGAAUCAAACAGUUCUUUUGAGAGCAUUGUUGAGGAAGAUGGAACCGUAACUAUACCAAUUCCCGAAGAUCUCAACAUUACACGACCAAAAGUUCGUAACAAUAGGUCAGAAAAAAAUGACAAAGUUGAUCCCAGGAAAAAACACAAGUGUCCCAUUUGCAACCUGAGGUUCCAGCGACCAGAACAUGUCAAGCGUCAUCUCAAGUCACAUUCUUCGGAAAAACCAUUUCAAUGUGAAGAGCCAAAUUGCGGUAAAUGUUUUAAUAGAAAAGAUAAUUUGAAGGCACAUUUGAAAAAGAUACAUGGCAAAACCAAUGUUUAA